UCCCUUCAGCUGUCUGUAAGCCAUUCACUUUCCUCUCCCGCCCCGUUCCCGCUCCCGCUUCCGCUCUGUUAAUUCGCUUUAUUUGCAUCCAAUCUUUCUUUCAUUCUCUUAAAUUCGUCUACUUCUAAUUCUUUUAUCAGACUCAAUUUUGUGUGUUCGAAUUUAUCAAAUUUGUUUAGAUUGAUCCAAGAUAUGAAAGGACGCUGGAGCAAGAAGAUAAAGAAGGCAUCGCCGUCGGCAGCCGGAGAUCAGCAGUAUGCCAAGGGAUUAAGCUCAUACAGGGACGCUUGCAAGCUCGAUGUAGAUUUGGAGACUUUUGAUGCGACGCUGCAAGCGCGGACUAGUUGCGUGGUCAACACGCUCGCGGACGGCUUGGAGGUACGGGCGCUUUCGUUUGAUUCCCUCAAGGAGGUGACGGAAUGUCUUCUCGAGAUGAACCAGGAGGUGGUGAAGGUAAUCUUGAAGUGCAAGGAAGAUGUGUGGAAGACUCCGCAGCUGUUUGAGCUCGUUGAGGAGUAUUUCGACAACAGUUUGCAGACUCUGGAUUUCUACAACGCCUUGGAGAAGUGCCUGCAGCGCGCUCGCAAUAGUCAAUUGCUCAUCCUCGUCGCACUGCAGCAGUUCGAUGAGGAGACGCAGGUCGGAGGGAGUCGGUAUGUUAGGACGCUGGAGAAGCUGAAAAUUUUCAAGGCGGCAGGGGAUCCGUUUACACAGGACUUCUUCCUGAUGUUUCAAUCGGUUUAUAAGCAGCAGAAGCUGAUGUUGGAGAAGCUGAAGCAGCGGAAGAACAAGCUGGGCAAGAAGCGCAAGCGCAUCAACGUGUGGACGAAGGUUACGAGUAUGAUUUUCGUGACUACGUUUGCUGCUGUGUUGAUUUGCUCUAUUGUGGCGGCGGCCAUUGCUGCUCCUCCACCGGUUACUGCAGCUCUUGCAGCAGCUUCUAGUUCUAUUCCUAUCGGUACCAUGGUGGCGGAAUGGGUUGAUUCUCUCUGGAAAAAUUGUGAAAAUGCAUUGAAAUGGCAGGAGGAGGUGAUUAUUUCAGUGCAGGCAGGAAACUAUGUUGCCAUUAAGGAUCUGGAUAACAUCCGAGUACUGAUUGAUCGGCUUGAGAUUGACAUUGCAGCUCUGUUGCAGAAUGCAGAGAUUGCAAUUAAGGUAGAACCUGUGAAAAUUGUGAUAGAAGAGAUCAAGAAGAAGAUGGAGGUGUUUAUGAAGAAUGCGGAGAAUUUGGGGGCACAGGCUGAUCUCUGCAGCCGUGACAUUAGGGAGGCAAGGAGGGUGGUUCUGCAGAGGAUAUUCAAAAACGCCAACAACUAAAAGAUGGGAAGAACAUCAAUGGAUAACUGCCGCUAAUCCCCAAAAAACUCACCGGCUUCACACGAUGAUGGUGAUGAUGAACACAAAGUAUGCCGCAGGUCCAGCCACACAAUAUGAACAUAUUCAUUGUUUUUUGUUCUAGAUCUGUAGAGGAAUAACUGAAGACUUUCAUUCAGUUUCACCCCUGUUCUUUGUAGGAAUUGUAAUAUUGUUUGGAGAUUAAACUCCUUAUUUAUUCACUGAAUUUUUUCCUACAGAAUUGUUUCAUAUUUGCAAACAACUUGACUAAGCUCUUGUUAGUUAUUUGCAAACUAUUGAAUACAGUAAAUUUAUGCAC